AUGUUUGCCUAUCACGUACCACGGUCAGAAAAUGGGUCCCGAAAAGUCUUUCUAAUCUCAAAUAUUAAGAUUUCAAAAAAUUUUAGCUGUUAUAAUGCUCUCGGCCAAAAAAUUUCGAUAAAUUCUUCUAAAAACCGCGAAUAUGGAGGUCUAUUGAGAUUCUGAUCCCAAAAACACCUAAUAGGCUAAUCAUCAUUGUCUUCUUGAUCUUAAAAAAGUUCUAAUUUCUCUUCCAGAUAAUGCAUUUCGAGAUUUUUCAUAAACCUCAAAUAUUGAGGCUUUUUAUCGAAUUCCAGAGAGAACUGUUCAAAAGUUCCUUGGGUACCGAAUCUGACUAGCCAAUUCUACGAAAAGUUCCCCUUUAUCCGGAAAAAAAAUCUCGAAAGUUUUCAGGUUUUGUCGGAGAUGUUUUUCAUAAUUUUUCAAAAAUGCUCCGCACGAAUAGAAUAUAGUCAAUAUUGCUGUUUCACUGCCAGUUCUUAACUUGAAUCGAGAGAAUUUAUGACGUUUUUUUUCCGAGGGAAGCUCUUUUACUCUCCCCUCGAUAGCCUAUUCCCUCGACAGCCUAGCAACCUAAAAAAUCUUUUUUCGUAAAGUUUUCUUCUGAUUUCGAAAAAUGUAUUGCUCCGAUCGUUUCGAAAUAGCUUUCAAUGAACUAUAGACGCGAUUCAGACAAAUUAAGAAGACUUGAGGUUUUUUUUUGUGCGACCAUAAGGUUCUGAAAAGAUAAACUGUUUAUUUUUCUGUGUCCUUACUGGCCAACGAAACUUCUAAUCACUAAUAACUUGUUUUACAAUAAUUUUCGACACUUUAGUCAAUUUUAUCACGGCGUUGUCCGUUUUUUAUCUUGAACUAUCGUGUGCGUUUGUUAUCUCAAAGCGGGAAAUGCCUCGAUCGAUCAAUGUUUUUUUUUAUCACAAGCGAAGCUAAUAAAAUAAGUUCGCUUUUAUCAACUUUUUAGUCACUCGCACGUCUCAAGCUGUGAAAAGGUUUGUUUCGUAAGCUUCUUUUUGAGAAAAAAAAUCCGAAUCUUUGCACCUGUUUCUUGGACAGAGGGUCUGGGACUACCUACCAUAAAAGUUAUUAUCAGAUCUGCAAUUUUCCCUUUAGUAAAUUCUCUUGUAAAAGACGUGGCCUGUCUGCGCUCUCUAUCAACAAGGCACUGUCUCUUCCAUUAUCGUGUCAGGACCAUUUUAUCGGUGACUCAAAACAUCCGUGAAUCAGUCAUACGCCAUGCCGGCAUGGGAAUGCGAAAUUUUCUGAUUGGGAAGAACAUUAACUCGGAGACGUCAACGUCUUUUUAUUUUUCAUUCUUUAAAGUCAAAGCUUUAGGAUAUUACUCAGGAUCUGGUAUAGUCUGUGUGCCACGACUUGAAAUUUCACGGAACAACAUUCCGCUGUUCCGAUGCGUGUGUUCGCGAAGCGUCUUUCGAAUCGAGGUCACGCUUUCUAAUGAUUGUUAUUGCUGUGGUAGCACGGGAAAGUAGAGAAAAUUGAUAAAAAAUAAAAGAAAAACGCAACCGAGGCUCGCAAAGGCUUGCAGCGGCACAGCGGAUUCCGUGAAAUUUCAAGUCGUGGCACACAGACUAUAAUACGCAAAUAAUUUUUUCUGGCUGCUGAUUAUAACGUGAGAAAAUUUGCAGUUUCUUGAAAUCUCUUCCAUUCAAUUCAAUAGAAAGUUUCGAGUUGCGGCGAUCCAGAAAUGCCGAAGUGCUUUUAUUUUCACAUUUUUGACUUCAAAGCUUUUUUUCGAAUGAAAUGCAGGAUAGAAGAAUAAUCGGUGAUCUGUAAAACAUGAUUCUCGCAAUUUUAGGUCCAUGAAAACGUUUUAUCCUCUUUUUUUUAAAAUUUGAACUGAAUAAGGUAAAAAUUCUGCGCGGGAUCAAAACCAAAAAAGAAAUUAUUCACAAGGAAGCUGUUUUUCAUUUUUCGAUUGGAAGUUUCUUAAAAAGACAUUGAUGUACCAGACAAAGGUCCUGAAUUUUUCCACUUGUACAGCUUUCUACGUUUUGAAAAAUGACACCAUAAAGUCGAUUAAAACCCUCGAAUACUUUCGAAAAAAUUUAUUUAGAGUUUUGAAAUCUUAUUACUCGAAACCUAAGAAGUUACGAGGGUUGAGACCCUCAGAAUCUUUUUUGGUCCACUUAGGAGUGGUCUGGCCAAGUUUCAGGGAAUCCACAACCGCAAAGUAAUAUGACCUCCCUUGUCAGUAAUCAUCGCUAUUAUUUUCUCAUUUUUCAUUUCAAUUCAUUGGAUGAUAUCAAUGCCUAAAAUUUCAGCGCCAAAUGUUCACGGACGUCAAAGGUCAAGAUGAUUUGAGAGCCAUUGUGAUCAGUGUAGAGAGGUGAGAACUUGUUUCAAUCAUAGCAAAAAAAAACUUGUCUUUCUCAAAAGUAUAUUUACAGUCCAAAACAAUGUUUCGUUCAUCUGCUGGAAAUUUGCGACAGAGCAUGGUUGCCAGAGGAUGUGACGAAAAAGGCCGGUUACGACCCUGAAAAAAUACAGCUGGGAGACGUUGUCGUGGUCGAUGUCAAGUAAGUUGGAAAACUGACAAAUUUGAACUUUUCGGUGCUCUUAAGGUCUAUGCAAGACAAGCGAUAUGUUGCUGUUCGAUUGCGGAAAGUUGAAGAGAAAACAUUUCGCCGUAAUGGAAGAUUUGUUACUGUUGGUUUUUCUUUCAUUGUUCAGAAAGAGGAAGUUUUCAAACUUUUCAUUAUUGUUAUAAAUUCUGCUGCAAACGAUAUGGAGCCUCAAGUUAUAACCAUAAAAAAAACGGACUUCGUUCGUUCCAAAAAAGUUUUCAAGUUUUGUUUGAAAAAUGGAAAAAGCGAACUUUUAAUUUUUGGAAAAACUUCAUCAAACUAUAUUAGCGACUCUAAGAGAAGUCUAUAUCAAUGAGGCGUUUGAUACUACUUGGAUCAACUCCAAAAAUUUUAAUGCUUUUACCAGGGCGAAGUGUUCAAAAGCUCAUUCGGAACCGAGUACAGGUUGACAAAUGACGUUUUAGGUUCGGAAAAUUCAAUAUUUUUUUGACCUUACGGUUUCAGGAAUAAUCGGGGACCCGAAUGAAAUAUACAAAAAAGCUGAAGAUGGAAGACACGUAAUCGAUAUUGUAGUCCCGCCACCCGCGUUCUACUCCGGAUUAUUGAACCCUACAACGGUUUUCUCGAAAGAAACUCCUUUUGUCGCAGCCAUGGUGACUUUCGAAACAUUUUCCAAUAAAUUAUAUUUCAAUUAUUGAACUUAAAACUUCCAGGUUCCAGCAGUAAUUGAUGCAAACAACAGCACGGUAAUUGUUCUCUUCGGUUUCCAAUAAGUUAACAGUUUCAGGAAGAAUUGAUUCAUUGCGAAGGAGUUGUUGUCAGCCAGUUCCGGAGUCAGAACAACUGUCGCGUUUACAUUUUCACAAAGGGCUGCUCUCCUUAUACCGAUGUUCUGGCUUUGAUUUCCGGAGACUACAGUCAUGAACUCCCGCAAAGCGGAACCUUUGUAACUUUUUUUGAUGACGUAAAUUUAAAAAAAUUGAGAUUUUAUUGUAGAAAACAUGUUUUUAGGGCUUCUGAUUUCCAAAAAGCGGGCUUAUAAGAAAAAAACCUGCAGGCCGAUUUUUUUCUACGCUCCAAGUUUGCAAUCCGCCUAAAAAAAUUGUCGGCGUCUCUGGAGGAUGGACAACUUUAUGUGAGAUCUUUUUUAAAUCUUGAAACUAAAUUCCUUGUCGUCGUUAUAUUUUUUUAGUUAAAAAAAUGGCCUAUUUUUGAUUUUUUUGCUCCAUAAAAGCGCCCGACUUGUAGCGGUUUCAGCUCAGUCUCAACAAACCGUUUGGAAAGAUUUCAAUCAAAAGGCGGAAACUAAGUAAAAAAAAACUGCAUUCUUUAGCAAAAAAAAAUUUUUGAGCCGUGAGAAAAAUAAUUGAAAACAAUGAGUUUCAAGGUAAUCAUCGAAGACUUCUGCACGCUUGGUACCUCUCCUCAACUUGAACAUUCUUGGAUAGGAAAAUUUGACGACCCCGAAGAGAUCCUUGCUCCAAAUCGGAUGUGAGAAAAUAAUUUGUGAAACUCUCUAUUUCUUUUUUCAGGUACGAAGAGAUCAAACUUGAGAAAGUUAGCGGCCCAGACUUUAAAGGCAUGAGCCCAUGGAGAGUGAUUGCAGCUACGAAGGGUUUUCUUUCCUUAAAAUCCCACCAAUCAAAUUUUUUCAAGGAAACUUGAGACAAAAACGCGACGCUUGA